AGAUUCCCCAUGACGUCCUCAUCAUCAGAACCCCGGGACCUUGACGCAGAACGUGACGCCUUCAUAAAAGAAUGGACUGCCACGUCACAACUACUGUACUAUACAGUAAUCUGCGUGUCGGUGGUCACUUUACCUGCGUUGAUAUUCAUGUUCAUCGUGCUUCGAAAGUACAAAAAAUCCAACUAUUAUCACUUUUUGUGCGCAAUUAUGGCCGGCAAUUUCGUGCUGCUUGCCACAAUUUUUUCCAAUGUGAUUUCGGAUAGGAAUGUAAUGAUUUUUGCUGGUAUCAUCCCGGGAGUAGUUGUCUGCAAGCUCAGCGCAUUUCUGGUGAACACCUCCUCGUUUUUUGUACAUUGGGCGUGGGUGGCCAUGUAUGUGCAGCGAUUCCUUCACGUUUUCUUCCCAUUGCGGUCCCAUAGAGCUGGCGACAAGAGCAAGGAGAUUAUUGGCGUAUUAUUCGCAUUCUCCGUCAUAUCCCAGCUAUGGACCCCAAUCCUUAUCACGGAGUUAUCAGUAGGUGCAGACGCCUCAUCAGGCACCUACUGCGCCGAGGACCCGAGAAUCUUCGGCGAGAUCACGCUCCGAUAUCUGAUAUUUUUCGAGUGCUUCAUGACAUUUUUCCUGCCGUUAGUGCUCACAGUUAUCACGGAUUUUUCGGUGUUGAUUAUGCGAAAUCCGUGUACUUCGAAAAAUGCGUUUACUCUGAUUUCGGCGGAUGAGAUUGUGCACCAUGAGAGUACAGAUGAGAAGAGUCCGCUGAAAAUUGUGCACAAAUCGAAGAUCAUGCUAGAUAUUCGUCGGAGAAACGACGCGAUCCGCCGAUGUUUACUUUUGGCUACCGUAACCCUUUUACUCAAUCUUCCAAAUUAUUCUCUACAACUUAUUGAUGAAUUCUAUCAUUUCCGGGAGAGCGAGGAUUUGGCAGAUCGGCGGAGGUUUGUGAGGGCUGACGCAAUUGUCUACAUAAUAUACCUACUUCAAUUCCCAACCGUUCCAUUGUAUAUGUACUGCCUGAAAACUGAUUUCGAUAGGACCAAAUUGUAA